AUGAAAUUAAUCAUAUUCAACAAUGGAUCAAAACUUUAUUUCAACAUAGAAAGAUAUGAACAUUCAACACACUUUCAAUGCUCAAAUAUUACAUUUUCAAAUUCAACAUUUCUUUUAAAAAGAGAUGAAAACUACCUUGUAUCAGAAUCUAGUUCAUUCGAAUUUUUAGAUUCAUCUUUAGAAAAUAUAUCUUUAAUAUUUAAUAAUAACCUAUAUUGUAAUAAUAAUAAUAAUAAUAAUAAUAAUAAUAAUAAUAAUAAUAAUAAUAAUAAUAAUAAUAAUAAUAAUAAUAAUAGUAUUGGUAAUAGUAGUAGAAUUAGUAGUGGUAGUAGUAGUAGUAGUUAUUUUUUAUCAAUGUUUAAUUGUAAUGCAACAUUGAUUUAUUUCAGGAUGAAUGGAUUUGGAAAUGUUUUAAUUAAUAAUUCAUUAUUAAAUGAUAUAUCAAUUAGAAUAGAAGGUAGUUUUAUAGUUAAUAUUAAUAGUUCAGAUAUUUAUGCAACUUCAUUAGAUCCACUUUUCAUGGUGGCGAAUAUGGAUAUAGAAAGAUCACUUUUAAAUAUAAUAAAUUCAAAUAUUUACUAUUUAAAUGAUUCUGAGUAUCCUUUAGCAAUUAUAGUUAAAAAUAGUUUACUAAAUAUAAGUGGUUGUAAUAUAAAUGGAAACUUUAAAAGAAUUUAUCCUCAAGCAUUAAUAAAUGUUGCUGGUACUCCUUCAUCAUCAUCAUCAAAUGAUAGUAGUAGUGGUAGUAGUAGUAGUAGUAGUUGUAUAGAUAAUGAAGCUUUAUUAAUUUUAGAGAAUUCAAAGAUUUCAAAUUUUAAUUCACCAAAUAAAUUUAUUUUUUCAAUUUGUUCAACUAUUUUUAUAAAUAAUAUUACAUUUUAUUCAAAUUCAUACUCAACAUUUUUAUAUAUUAAUAGUAGUAGUAUUGUUAAUUUAGAUAAUAUUAUAAUGAAAUGUGAUGAUAUGAAUAGAUUUGAAUAUUUAUUUUUAGCACUACCAUCAUCGUCAUCAUCAUCAUCAUCAAAUAUAACAAUUAAUAAUGUUUAUAUGAGUUGUGUUGGUAUGUUUGAAUUUGAAAAUUGUAGAAUUGAAAUUUCAAAUUUUAGUUUAGAAUCAUUUUCAAAACCUUCAACUAUUAGGCUAAGUCAUUCAAGUGAAUUAAUAAUUAGGAAUGGUGUUUUUAUUUCAAGUAUAUUCAAAAUUAAAUCUUUUAUGUUUUAUUUAGAGCAGAAUAGUAGGUUGGUCAUUAUAAAUUGUCAAUUUAUAGAUAGCACUACCAAUAUUAUUUUCUCAAGAAAUUCAGAAACAGUUUUACAAUAUUCAAAUUUUUCAAAUAUAAUACCAUAUGGUGGUGGCAGUGGUGGUGAUACAUUUAAUUCAAAUUCAAUUUUCUACUUUUCAAAAAGUUUAUUACAAAUUGAAAAUUGUAAUUUUAAUCAAACUCAAACUUUAUCAUCCCUAUUUUAUAUGGAAUUUUCAGAGAAUGUAAUUAUAAAAUCAACAAGAUUUGAAAGAGUUGGUGAUACUAUUUUAAAAAGUUACUUUUCAAACAACAAUAUUAUCAUUGAUGAUAUUUAUGUAGUGAAUUGUAGUACUACACAGAGUGAGUUAUUCUUUUUAACGUUUAAUGAAAAUGUUGUAAUUGGAAAUUCAACUUUUAAAAAUAAUCAUGGUAUUGGUUAUACUUUAUUUACUAUUAAUGGUUGUUUACAUUUUGAAAUUAGUAAAACAAUGAUUUCAGAUAACUCUUUCUCAUCAAUUUUUAAAGAAUCAAAUUCAAAUGCCAUUCUACUAAAUUCAAUAAUCUCAAAUGGUAAUACAGUUGAUGAUUUUUAUAAAUCUUCAAAUUGUUCUUCCCUUUCAAUUGAUACUUUUAAUUUUACAAAUAAUUAUGUUAAUUCAAUAUUCACAAUAAAUAAAAUCACAUCCAAAAUUCAACUUUCAAAUAUUAUAAUUACAAAUAAUUAUUUCACUAAAAUAAUUACAAAAUUUAAUCAAUCUAUAGUUGAAAUUAAUAAUUUAACAUUUAUAGACAACAUAUUAAUUGCACCUCAAAAAUAUGAUUUGGAUGGUGGUGGUGGUAGUAGUGGAGGUGGUGGUGGUGGUGGUGGAUUAUUCUUUGAAAAUUGUCAAGUUAUUUCUAAAGGUUUACAAAUUUUAAAUAAUGAAAUUUCAGUUAAUUUAAUUAAUUUAAAUGAUUCUAUAUUAUUAAUUUCAGAUGGUUUAUUUGAAAAUAAUCAAAUUUCAUCAAAUUUUAUUCAUUCUGAUUUUUCAACUGUUGCUUUAUUUAAUACAAAGGUAUUGCAUAAUCAAGGUGGUGAUGGUGGUGGUUCAACUUUAUUUGUUAUUCAUAAUUCAAAUAUUAAUAUAAGUGAUUGUGAAUUCUCUUUUAAUAAUCUUUAUAAAAAUGGUAUGGGUUCAAUUAUUAAUUUUGAUAAAUAUUUAAAUAAAUUUACUUAUUUUCAAAUUGAAAAUACUUUAUUUUCUUUCAAUAUUGCUAAAUUUGGUCAAUUAUACUUUUCAGGUUAUCCAAAUGAUCAAGAUGCAUUUACAAAUAGUAAAAAUACAUUUUCAAAUAAUACAUUAAUUUCAAAUCAUGCAUCUUCACAAGGUGGUGCUAUCUUUACAGAAAAUUUCAUUUUCUCUUUAAAUAUUUCAAAUAUUUUAAAUUCAAAUCAUUUCGAUAAUAAUACUUCAUUAUGUGGUGAUAAUUUCUCUUCAAGUUUAAAAGAAAUUAUUUUCAUAGAAACUAAUGGUACAUUUUUAGUAAAUGGAGUUGGAACUAUUAUCAAUUAUAAUGCAGUGGAUUUUUAUAAUAAUGUAUUCACCACAUUAUCUUCACCAAUUCAAAUUAGUAUUACAAGUUUAUCAAAUAAUGAAACACUGGUAUUCACUGAAAUGAUUAUUGGUGGUAAAGGAAGUUUUUUACAUACUUUUAUAGGACCACUUUAUGAAAGAUUUAAAAUUGAAUUAAAUUCCAUACCAUACUAUUCAAAUGUUUAUUUAACACUUGGUGGAUGUUUACCAUUUCAAUAUAUGAAUAAUUUAACAUGUGAAUAUUGUCCAAUAGGUUCAUCAUAUAGUAAUUCAAUAGGUCAAUGUUUUAAAUGUAAUCCUAAUGCAGUGACAUGUGUUGGUUCAUUUGUAAAUGUAAAUACUGGAUAUUAUAUGAUCGAUAAUGAAAUCUCAAUGGUUGAACGAUGUGCAAACGAUAUGUGUCUCUCAAAUAAUCAAUGUCAAUUUAAAUAUAGUUCAGGAGAUUUAUGUUUCAGUUGUUUAGAUCCAGACUCAUCAACACCAACAUUCAUAGCAGCUAAACAUGGAAUUAAUUGUUGUUCCCAAUUUAAAGUAUGGUUAAUUGUACCAUUAUUAUUAUUAUAUUUAGUUUCAGCAUUAGUUCUCUCAAUAAUCAAAUUAAAUUUAUUCACAACAAUAAUUGGACCAAUAAUAGUAUUCCUUCAAAUUAAUUCAGUAGUUUUCUUUUCUUAUAAUGGUAUUUACAUUUUAGCAUUCUUUAGAGUAUCAUUAGAUAUUUUAGAUGGAAUUUGUAUUUUCAAAGGAUUAAAUCAUGGAGAUAAAACAUUAAUUAUAUUAUUAAUUAUAAUAAUAAUGUUUUUAAUUUCUUCAAGUGAUUGGCUUCCUUUAUGGUUAUUUAGAAAAUUAAAUUCAAAUUUUAAAUUAUACAAUUAUUUAAAAAGAAAUUUAAAAAAGAAUAGAAAUUUAAAGAAAUCAUCAUCAACAACUCAACUUAAUUAUUUUAUUAGAUCAAGAUGGCAAUUAUUUCAAAUCUUUAUUAUUCCAUUAAUAUUCAAUUCAUUUACAUUGAUAAUACCAAAGAAAAUUAAAGAUCAAACAUUAUUAUUAGUAGAUUUUUCAAUUUUAUUUGGAUCAUGGCAGAGUAUAAUUCAAAUUUUCAUUUCAGUUUUAGUAAUAAUAUCAGCAAUGGUAUUUUUAAUAUUAAAAUAUCAAUUUUACAGCAAGGGUAAACUAAAGUUGUGGAGUUUCAUUAUAAUUUUAAGAUCAGUUUUAUUUUCAAUUCUAUCAAUUACAUCAAUUUUUAGCGAUAAUGAAUUUUAUAUGCCAUCGAUUAUUCUAAUUCAAAUAGUCUAUUCAAGUAUUUACUUUUAUGGUGAUUUAAAUGGUAAUGGCACCAUAUCAAACCCAUAUCAAAAUUUAUGUUUACUUAAUCAAAUUUUAAAUUCAAAUAAUAAUAAUAAUAACGAUAAUAACGAUAAUAAAAAUAAUUCAAUAAUAAUAAUAAAUAUUGAUUAUGGUGAUUACAAUUUAAAUUGUUCAUCAUUUUUAAUAAUAAAUAACUUUAAUAAUAUUUCAUUCAUACCUUAUAAUUCAAAUAAUAAUAAUAAUAAUAAUAAUGGAAUUGUAAAUUUAAAUAAUUUAACCACAUUAAAGAUACUUAAUUCAAAUGUUAAAUUCGAUGGGUUAAUUAAAAUCACAAUAACAAUUAUAGAAAAUGAAACGGAAAUUAUAAAUAGUGAUAUAUUAUUGAAUAAUGGGGUAACUCUUUAUUUUAUCAAAAAUUACCAACUAACCAACAGUGAAUUUCAAUGUUCAAGUAUUAAAUUUUCAAAUUCAAAAUUUAUUUCAAAUUGGUCACAAAAUGAUGUAUCUAUUUAUUUUAAUUCAGAUUCCAGCUUAUUUGAAUUUCAAAAUUCUUUAGUAGAAAAUGUAUUUUUAAAAUUUAAUAAUAUAAAAAAUUGUAGUAAUAGUAAUAAUAAUAAUAAUAAUAAUAAUAAGAAUGAAAUUAAUUUUUUAACAUUUAAUAAUAGUAAUAUCAAAGAUUGUUAUUUUGCAACUAGUGGUUUAAAUUCAAUUUUUAAUAAUUCUUUAUUAGAUGGUUUAAAAAUGAAUAUUGGAGCAAGUAGUAUAGUAACAAUUCUCAACUCUAAAUUAUAUGCAAAACCAGAUUCUAUUUUAGGAACUUUUCUAAUUACCAAUGUUGAUCAAAGUACAAAACCAUCAGUUUUAAAUAUAGUUAAUUCAAAUAUUUACCAUUUACAAGAUUCUCGUUAUUCAUUAAUUAUGCUAUUUAUAAAUUCAUUUGUAAAUAUUAGUGGUUGUACAAUUGAAGGUAGGGAAACAAUAGUUCAAACACCAAUUGUAUUAAUUGGAAUACCAAAUAGUAGUGGUGGUGGUGGUAAUAAUAAUAAUCAAGUGAUACUAGUUUUAGAGAAUUCAAAGAUUUCAAAUUUAAUUUCACCAAAAGAUUUUAUCAAUUCAUUUAGUUCUACCGUUAUUAUAAAUAAUGUUCAAUUUUAUUCAAAUUCAUUUUCAACAAUUAUUUCAUCAAGAGGGUCAACUUCUUUUAAUCUUUAUAAUAUCAUUAUUACAUGUGAUCAAAGGAAUAUAUUUACAUCAAUUAUUAAAAUGCCAUCAUCGGAAAAUGAUUUAUAUUCAAAUUUGACAUCUUUUAUAGAUUUUAAUAAUGUUUAUAUGGGUUGUGUUGGUGGAUUUGAAUUUCAAAAUUCAAAAAUCCAAAUUUCAAAUUUUAGAUUAGAAUCAUCUUCAAAACCUUCAAUAUUUAGUUUAAUUUUAAAUAGUGAAUUAACAAUUAUUAAUGCCACUUUUAUUUCAAGUAUAUUUGAUCAAUCUCCUUCAAUUUUUUAUAUUAAUUCAAGUAAAUUAACAGUUUUACAAAGUGAAUUCAAAGAUAGUACCAACUCUAUUCUAUCUUUAUAUGGUGGUUCAACAGCAACCUUUCAAUCAACCAAUUUUUCAAGUAUAAUAACCUAUGAAAGAGUUCCAAUUUUUAAUAGUAGUUCAAGUUCAUUAUUUAUUGAAAAUUGUAGUUUUUUUGAAAUUCAAACUUCAGUUUCAUCAUUAUUCAAUUGUUUUGAUUGUGAUAAUUUAACUAUAAAGAAUUCAAUAUUUGAAAGAGUUGGUGAUAUCAUUUUAGAUUGUUUCAAUACAAAACUAAUAAUUAUUGAUUCUAUAAAUGUUUCAAAUUGUAGUUCACAAACAGGUUUAUUCUAUUUUUCAAAUAAUAGAAAUGGUAGUAGUAUUAUCACAAAUUCUUCAUUUAUAAAUAAUCAUGGUAUCGGUGUUACACUAUUUAAUAUAUUUGAAUCAAAUUUUGAAAUUAGUUCAACAGAUUUAAUAGAUAACACAUUUUUAUCAAUAUUUGAUGAAUCAUUUUCAAAUGUAACAAUUGAACGCAUUUACGUUACAGGUACAACUGGAAUUUUUUAUUCUGCUUUAAAUUCAAUAUCGAUUUUAGUUGAUGGUUUAGAUUUUAAAGAUAAUUAUGUCACCUCUGUAUUUACUAUUAAUCAAGCUAAUAAAAUUGAAUUUUCAAAUAUAGCAAUUUAUAAAAACUAUUUCAUAGAUGGUGUAAAUGUUAUGAUGAUUAGUCUUUGUACAUUGGAAAUCAAUAAUUUUAAUUUUAUGGAAAAUGUUUUAAUUGCACCACCUAAAUCAGAACAAACUAGUGGUGGCGGUAGUGGUGGUAGUGGUAGUGUUGGUGGAGGAUUAAUUUUUCAAAAUUCUAAUGUCAUUUUCAAUGAUUUACAAAUUUUAAAAAAUGAAAUUUCAGUUAAUUUAUUUAAUUGUAUUAACAAUACAUUAUUAUCAAUUACAGGUGGUUUAUUUCAAAAUAAUAAAGUUUCAUCAAGUUUUAUUUUUUCUGAAAUUUCAGUAAUCAAUUUAAUUAGAACACAUCUAUUGCAUAAUCAAGGUGAUAGUUCAACUUUAUUAAUGUUGUAUGCUUCAAACAUCAAUGUGAAUUAUUGUGAAUUCUCUUUUAAUAAUAUUUAUCAAAAUGGUAGUGGCUCAAUAUUAAAUUUUAAAAGAAACUUGGAAACACACGAGUAUUUAGGAAACUUUCAAAUUGAAAAUACUUUAUUCUCUUUAAAUAUUGCUAAAUUUGGUCAAUUAUACUUUUCAGGUUAUCCAAAUGAUCAAGAUGCAUUUACAAAUAGCAAAAAUACAUUUUCAAAUAAUACACUAAUUUCAAAUCAUGCAUCUUCACAAGGUGGUGCUAUCUUUACAGAAAAUUUCAUUUUCUCUUUAAAUAUUUCAAAUAUUUUAAAUUCAAAUCAUUUCGAUAAUAAUACUUCAUUAUGUGGUGAUAAUUUCUCUUCAAGUUUAAAAGAAAUUAUUUUCAUAGAAACUAAUGAUACAUUUUUAGUAAAUGGAGUUGGAACUAUUAUCAAUUAUAACGCAGUGGAUUUUUAUAAUAAUACAUUAACAACAUUAUCUUCACCAAUUCAAAUUAGUAUUACACGUUUAUCAAAUAAUGAAAUUCAAACUUAUUCAGAAGCAAUUUUAAGUGGUAAAGGAAGUUUUUUACAUACUUUUAUAGGACCACUUUAUGAAAGAUUUAAAAUUGAAUUGUAUCUCAAACCAUAUUAUUCAAAUGUUUAUUUAACACUUGGUAAAUGUUUACCAUUUCAAUAUAUGAAUAAUUUAACAUGUGAAUAUUGUCCAAUAGGUUCAUCAUAUAGUAAUUCAAUAGGUCAAUGUUUAAAAUGUAAUCCUAAUGCAGUGACAUGUGUUGGUUCAUUUGUAAAUGUAAAUACUGGAUAUUAUAUGAUCGAUAAUGAAAUUUCAAUGGUUGAACGAUGUGCAAACGAUAUGUGUCUUUCAAAUAAUCAAUGUCAAUUUAAAUAUAGUUCAGGAGAUUUAUGUUUCAGUUGUUUAGAUCCAGACUCAUCAACACCAACAUUCAUAGCAGCUAAACAUGGAAUUAAUUGCUGUUCCCAAUUUAAAGAAUGGUUAAUUGUACCAUUAUUAUUAUUAUAUUUAGUUUCAGCAUUAGUUCUCUCAAUAAUUAAAUUAAAUUUAUUCACAGAAACAACAAUAAUUGGACCAAUAAUAGUAUUCCUUCAAAUUAAUUCAGUAGUUUUCUUUUCUUAUAAUGGUAUUUACAUUUUAUCAUUCUUUAGAGUAUCAUUAGAUAUUUUAGAUGGAAUUUGUAUUUUCAAAGGAUUAAAUCAUGGAAAUAAAACAUUAAUUACACUAUCAAUAAUAAUAAUAAUGUUUUUAAUUUCUUCAAGUGAUUGGCUCCCUUUAUGGUUAUUUAGAAAAUUAAAUUCAAAUUUUAAGUUAUACAAUUAUUUAAAAAGAAAUUUAAAAAAGUAUAGAAAUUUAAAGAAAUCAUCAACAACUCAGUUUAAUUACUUUAUUAGAUCAAGAUGGCAAUUAUUUCAAAUCUUUAUUAUACCAUUAAUAUUCAAUUCAUUUACAUUGAUAAUACCAAAGAAAAUUAAAGAUCAAACAUUAUUAUUAGUAGAUUUUUCAAUUUUAUUUGGAUCAUGGCAGAGUAUAAUUCAAAUUUUCAUUUCAGUUUUAAUAUUAUCAUUGGUAGUUUUAGUUAUAAUAAUAAAACAUUUCUAUUACAGCAACAAAAAAAAUCAAUGGAAUAUUAAUCUUAAGCAAAAUGGAAAGACAUUAUCUUUUAAAAGAAUUUUAUUAGUAGUUAAAACAAUUUGUUUCAUCUUUCUUUUAGGUUCAUGGGAUUUUAUUAUUAUAAGAUCAUUUUUAUUUUCAAUUUUAUCAAUAGCUUUGAUAUUUAGCGAUGUUUCUUAA